UUCAUCACUCUCAGGAAGUGCAAGAGCAGUUACUGGUUGCGCUUUCACUCUCAUACAUUAACAAGUUGUUUUGGUUUCCACUUUUGACAGACCAUUUCAACACGAAAUCCAAGGGGCUGUGCAGCGGUGAGCGUGAGGGGAUCUGAACAGAAACGGCCCGGUCAUCUUUACUAUGAUGGCCAACACGGUUGGGGCAGCAGCUCUGUGUGGAGAUCUCAAGGCCUUUCUGAACCACAACCUGUCCAAAGGCCACAUUUCCCUGGUAACGCCGUCCAGCUACAGCCCAGCCGCCAAGAUCACACUAGGAACGGUCAAUUCAAAUGUGGGAGCCCAGAUGAUUUUAAGCACACCACAGAGAGUGUCUCACCCUGGAGGCAUCCUCAUCGGCAGCCCGUUUACGCCGCACACCCCACCGGUUGCAAUGGUUACUCAGGCACACCCUCCCGAGGGCAACGAGUGGACCCCGGGGAACAAAAAAAGGACACAUGACUACAUUGAUUCCUAUUACUCAGACAGGGACGGACUGUGUUUGAGUGACUCCUCGUCCAGUAAGAGAUUGAAGAGGGCAGAUAAGAACGGGAAAGGCCUGAGGCACUUCUCCAUGAAGGUGUGCGAGAAGGUACAAAAGAAAGGCACCACGUCUUACAACGAGGUGGCCGAUGAGCUGGUGUCCGAGUUCACACACGCCAGCAGCCUGAUGCCCGCCGACUCGCAAGCGUACGACCAGAAGAACAUCCGCCGGCGUGUGUAUGACGCGCUCAACGUGUUGAUGGCCAUGAACAUUAUCUCCAAAGAGAAGAAGGAGAUACGCUGGAUUGGCCUUCCCACUAACUCAGCCCAAGAGUGUCACAACUUAGAGCUGGAAAAACAGAAGCGUUUGGAAAGAAUCCGACAGAAAAGAGCCCAGCUAGAGGAGCUAAUAUUACAGCAGAUCGCCUUCAAGAAUCUGGUGCAGAGGAACCAGGCCAACGAAGUGUCGUCCCAGUCGACUCCCCCUCCAGGAUCGGUCAUUCAGCUCCCCUUCAUCAUCCUCAACACAGACGUGCGCACCGUCAUCGACUGCUCCAUCUCCAGUGACAAGUGUGAAUACCUCUUUAACUUCGACAACACAUUUGAGAUCCAUGAUGACGUUGAGAUCCUGAAGCGGAUGGGCAUGUCUUUGGGGCUUGAGAACGGCACAUGCUCUCCCGAAAACCUCAACAUGGCCAAAUCUCUAGUGCCCAAGUCUCUGGAGGCUUAUGUCACCAACAUGGCAAGAAACUCCACCAGAACGCCUCUCAGCCUCACGAGCCGCAGCAGCGCUGCCCCUUCACACACCUCAGAGUCCCGCGGACAGACGCCCAGCUCCUUCAACGAGGAAGAGGACGACGAGGACGAAGAUGAUGACAACCCCUCUUCCCCGGAGUGAUGCCCGAGCAGAACGCUACACAGGAAAUAAGCUGCCACUCCUCUCUAUAUUACCAUAUUUUUAACUUCCCUCACAAUCUGUUUCUUCCCCUUUCCAAGUUUGGCUACAAAACGCCAGGAGUCUUUGGCUCCAGGGGAAGCGGGUAACUGUUCUUCUGUGGUGCUGUUCAGGCCAGAGAGCCACAGCUCAGGCCAUAGAGGGAGCGAUUAAGUGAAGUUUAACAGAUGCCUCGUGUACUUCCCGUCUCUGCCUCCCAUCCGGAGGACUUUCAAAUCCUUUCCAAACAUGUAUUUAUUUCGGUCAUAUUUGAAUAUGACAGUAUCUGCGUAGUCCAGUGGGCUAGUGCCACUUUAUUUUCUUCUCCGUGGGGAUCGGAAAGCAGCGUCCUGAUCCGUUCACCGACUGGAAGGACUUUACAUU